AAGCAAUAGGAGCAUCAUCUGAUAAGACGAAAGGUGACGCCGAAAAGAUCCUUAGUCCAAUUACAAGCAUCAUAAUGGCUGUUUUUCUGUCUAGGAUCCCGUUUCGUCGUGCGGUAUAUCGGUGGGGAUCGAUGGGUCCCGCGAUCGAACGAUCGAGGGGUGGUUUUUCGGGCGCCUGCGUCGCCGUCGAAGUUCGCGACGCCUCGCGCCGACGUGGUUCUAUCGCCGCGUGUCCCGCCCCCCGCCCCUCCUGUACCCUCUUUCUCUGGCGGCCUUUGGAUUCAGCACGUGGCAUCAAAGGGAAGAUAUACAGCGGGGUGGUCGCUCUUCCCGGCCAAACGGCGACGACCCUCGCUCGUCGUCGCUCGUUUCACGCGCGCGAUUUCGAGGAGCCCCCGUCGUCGAUCGUCGCUACUUCGCCGUCGCUGCUCUCGCGGCCACGAUAAUCAUCCCCCCGCGAGUUCGUCAAGUUCGUCAUGUUCCGGUGAACCAGCACCGGGCACCGACACGGAUUCACCGCGUACCUCGGAACCAUCGAGAACCAUGCUCGGCGGAGUCAUCUAGAUCCAGACUACGCUAUGAUAUCGCAUCCGGGUGUUUCAGGUGCAUCUGGCAUGAUGACGAGGCGUCGCGCGAGCCAGUGGACCGUUAUAACCGGAAGAGCAACCUGAAGGUCGGUUCUCGAGGAUCGAUCCUUCGAUUGUCAUCGAUCGGGAGCCUGUCAUCUUCGAUCGUCACCGGCCACAAUACGCGGGAGUAAAGAGGAAUGGUCCCUUGGGCCUUUGGCGUGCCUCUCAUCCUCGUUUCUACAUUGGGUCUUCUUCUUAACGGUUACGUUCUACUCGUGGUUCUCGGGCUGAGCAAACAGACGCAGCAGCAACAAACCGCCAAUACUUUGUUGCUGACACACUUGGGAGCGGUGGAGGCGGCUGUGUGCCUGAUAUUACUGAUCUUUACUACUGGUUCCUGGCCGAUCGCCGGCACCUGGUGCGUUCUACACGGCUUCCUGUUGACCGUUUUGCAUCCGGUGGCUCUGUGGACCGUCACCGGCCUUAACUGCGACAGGUACUACGCCAUUGCAGCGCCGUUGCACUACGCUGCCCUGGUGUCCCCGCGGCGCGUUGCGGUUGGUCUGGCUGCAUCCUGGACAGGGGCUCUGCUGCUUUGUAUGCUGCCAUUUUGGGGACUCGUCCCACCUUAUAGAUACAGUCCAGGUCUGGGCUGUUGUGCGCCGGAUUUCGGUAACGACUCGUGGGGUCUAGCCACGGCGGUUUACGGGGCGGUUUACGCGAUCCUCGGGCUGGCUUUGCCGGUGGUGCUCGUCACCGUUUGCAAUUUGCGCGUGCUCGGCAUAGCGCGUUAUCACCGUCACCGCAUCGCCAGCGCAAUUUACGAAGUCACCUUGAGCGCCCAAGUGACCAUCACCCAUCAACGGAAUCCGUUUUUCGUACCGACUGUCACGGCACCGUCCGCCAUCAGCCCGCCCCGUUUCCACAGCGCGGCUAGCACGGUGAUGCAACUGGUCGGCUCUCUGUACCUGCUUUAUUUCCCGUAUUGCGGCCUGAUCCUCUGGGAGGUUUGUAGCGUCGGCAAUCAACCUCACCUGCACGACCAUCCGAAGCUGGCUUCAUUGGCCUCUCUUCUGCUCGCCUGUUCCCCGCCUAUCAACGGUCUCCUUUACGGCCUGAAGUCACAGACCCUUCGACGAUCCGUGCAGAACUAUUGGCGGAAAAAGGCGACCAAGUCGGAGCUCCAGCAAGAAAUUCAAGCAAGGACACCGAGCGCGGCAGGUUCGAGAAGACCGUCCGGAAGUGGAACUGGUUCCUUCUUCCCUUUCCCGCCAUUACAACGAAGGCUCAGCGAAGCCUUGCUGGCGUUGGGCUCCUGUCGCACCGGUAACAGUUUUGACAGCAACAGCCUCGGUUUCCAUCGAACCAGGCUGCAACCCGCUGCAUCCUGCAACACGCUUCGCGUGCCCGCUUCUGAAUCAGGCGAAAGCAGCAAGCUCGUGAGGUCGAGCGCGAGCGCAGCCAGCUUGAUGGGUCCUCAUUACCGAAGCGACUUCAUCGGGGCGGACGUGAGCGCCGGCUGCUCUAUAGCAAUGAACGAGACGCCAAGAAGAAGCCCGAGGAUCCUCAUAACGCGGGCCUGCAGCGAAGAAAGUCAAGACGGGGGAAGCCCGUUGCUGAGGAAGCCGUUCGUCUCGAGUGCGCUGCCGUGCGACAAACGAAGAUGGCGGCACUGCAGCACCGGAAGCGACAGCAGCACAGGAAGCAGCGAGGCGAGCGUGUGGACGACGGGCGUCGCGCAGAAGCUCGCGAAAGCGAAUGCAAAAACCGCGUCCGACAUCUGGCAAUCGUCGCGGCGAUUUGGUCGCAAGAAUCUCGAGGAGGGAGCGCUUUUGGUCGGUGUACGACCGAGCAAUAACAGCGAGAGCAGCGACACCACCGACACGACCGUUACCACCACCACUACCAUGACGAUACCGAAGGCUGGAACGUUGGAGAACGGUGGCUGUCGGGAACAAGCGAAGGAAGAACCGGAGGACUGCAAAGGCGACGGCGAGCGAAGCGAGAGUGGCCAUAGUUGGAGCAGCGUCGACGACGUCGACGCGAAGGAAAUCGCGGAAAAGGGUGCCGCGGAGGAGAAUCUGGAGAAGAUCGAGGCCGACAAAGGGGGACAUAGGUGCAAGCAAUUAAGGCGGAAAUCGAAAACGAUUCGCAAGCCGGACGUUCCUCAGGAUUGCAAAGAGAUCGCGCAACGCAGGCCUCUUCUCGCCUCGUCCUCUUAACUCCGAUCGAUCGAUCGGUUGGUCGACUCAGACCGGUGUGCGUCCGAUUCCAGUUUUCAGUUUAUCAGUUUCUACCCCGAUUUUUCUCCGCUGCCAACGAUCCUCCGUGGGUUGCGUUACGCCGCGACCGACUACCGCGUUCGAAAUGACUCGGUUUCUUAUUUGACAGUUCCACGGUCUCGCGUGAAACGCUGGGAUAACUUACAAUCGGUGUACAAAGUAUUCGUACACAUUUUAGAGGGAUUAUUUUGCUAGAAAUUUGUUUAAAAAAUUGUUUGAUAAAAUUGCAAUCGGUUGGCAUGGUAAAAGAAUUUAAAAAAUGA